GAAAGCGGGUUUCAAUUUCAAACCCAAAUAGUCGGAGGGACGAGCCAGUGGAUUGUGGGACAGCCUUGAUACCAAACAGUCGAUCUGCCGCGUUUAGCUGCAACGCUAAUCAAAGCGGAACCGCAUAUUUAUUCCCCGUCGUGGCUGAAGCGCGCUGCCACUGAAUCCGCGUUUAGAAAAAAAAAAGAAAAAGAAGAAAAAAAAAACAGAAAGUCGCCUCUGCCGCGUCUUCGCUCCAGUUUUCCGCGCCUGCUUGAUUUGGAUGACAAACGGACGCUCGGCUCGUUUGCUGCAGGUGCUGACCGACACAGAACCACGUUCAAACCCCACCGCCGUGUUUUGAUUAACGCAGAAAAAAAAAGCGAGCCGUCUCUAACCGGGAAACAUGCCGAGGUCCAACAGGCAAAAGGAAUACAAACCUGGGGAUCUGGUGUUCGCUAAGAUGAAGGGCUACCCACACUGGCCUGCCAGGAUUGACGAGUUGCCUGAAGGAGCCGUGAAGUCGCCCUCAAACAAGUAUCAGGUGUUCUUUUUUGGGACACAUGAGACGGCAUUCCUGGGGCCCAAGGAUCUGUUCCCGUACGAUGAAUGCAAGGAGAAGUUUGGGAAAGCGAACAAGAGGAAAGGCUUUGCUGAGGGACUCUGGGAGAUCGAGAACAACCCCACCGUCACGCAUGAAGCCUACGAGUCAUCAAAGAAGGACAACGCGUCAGAAGGAGCAGGGGAUACAGGCAGCUCAGAGAAGGCAGAUGCUGAGGGCAGCAGUGACGAAGAUGAAGGGGCUCUGGUCAUCGACGAGAAGAAUGAGAGGGGGGGAACUAAACGAAAAGCAGAGGAGUCCACAGAGGAAUCUCCCAAGCGGCCAAAGGAUGCAGAGGCGGAAGGUGACUCUAAAGUAGACAGCAACAAGUCUAAUGCAGAGGCCAAACUCAACGAUGUGGCUGGACCCAAGGCAACUGCUCCUUCCUCGCUGAGCGAGUCGAAACCAGAGGCCCAGGAAAAAGCUCCAGCAGGGGGCCAGCUAACAGCAGAUAAGCCUGCGACAGACAGCGCUUAACAUCAACUCACAGAAGAAAAAAAACCAAGAACCUUUGACGCUUAUCUCUGGAAUUCAAGCAUCGACAUGAUUACCUGCAGGAUGCCAGAUUUCCGCCGUUUAAUUAUUAGGAGAAUUUUAAAAAAGAAACCUAAGCGUUUGUAUUGAAAGACAAACAAAUCCUCAUUUGCCAUUUCUGGAAUAUCAUAUAUCCCAGAAACAACAAAAAGUUUGCUAAUCUGAUUUCAAACAAUUGAACUGAGCACUUUAGGGCUCAUUUAUAAAUGGGAUUUUGGUGUGUAUAUAUUUUUUAUUUCUAAGUGCAAUUACAUAAUUACAAAGACUGAAUGCUAGGUGUCAAAACAUUUUUCAGUUUAGAGGGAAUAAACACUGAAUAUAUCGUAAAUACGAAAAAGAAGAUUUAAAUCACAAAAAAAAAAAAUCAAUUUAUUUGACAAAUACUUCCAUUUGAUGAUUUUGAAGCGUAGAUAUUGUACAGGAACAAGAACAGAUUUUCACCCACACACUCAGCUUUAGUUCAUAAGAUAACUGUUUUACUUCCAUUCGUAUCACCUAGCUUCUCAGCCUCAUUUCAAUCAUUUAUUCAGCCAUUGGAUAUAUGAUGAGUUGCACUUUCAGAGUUGUUUUUUUUUUUUUUUUUCUUCUGCCCCAUUAAUCAUUGUCUAGUUCGCUCUGACAUUUUUAUGCAACGCAGGUUUUGGUGUGUAUAAGCUUCAUUGCAGGUGACCAAAUGAUGUGAUUCAUUUCACAGGAUCCCGAAUGUGGACUACUUAGCUUUUGGACAUGAUGAAUUUGUAAACCCCCCCAUUUGAGGAGAACUAUUUUAGGAUUUAAGCUGUUACUUCCUCUUAAAGUACACCCCCGCGUAGCUCUCUUUAGCUGAUGAUGUGCAUUGUUGAAAGACAUUCCUGAAUGUUGUUGUGUCUGAGCUCGAUCUUGAAACAUUGACAGUGGAGGUGGAGCACCGAUAACCGCUGCAGGGGCAAAGUUAUUAGCGGCCACCUUCCUUUUUCUGGGGAAAUUAUCCAGCAAACGCUUUCAAAACCAUUAACUCAGUUGCAUUUCAUAUUUAGGUCACAUUUGUGCCGCUCGAUACUGGGGAUGUAACGGUGACGUACGCCUGAUUACAUUCAGUAACUGCCUCGUUUUCAGCUCUGAAGUGUAACGCUGAAAGUGUUCAUGCCAACGUGAUCUGCACACAUUUUCUUUUUUGUUUUUUUGUUUUUUGAAGAGAAAGAACAGACCGAUCUGUAAAACUCUUUUUGGUUUCCCGCCCUCUUAACUGGAAUACGAGUCUGUUUUACUUCAGUGGUCUUAUUAUUUUGAAUGUGAAACAAAAGUUGUGAUGUUUUAAACACGUGUUUAUUCCACCAUCUGUUCAAAUUAUGGUGUUGUCACUUUCCCGCCGCGGAUCAUUUUGGUGCAAACUCGACCCAAGUGUUCAAGCCUUUUUCACGAUGUUACUUGAAUGUCAUUGUCAUCGCUUCGGUGUUCUUUCAGGUAUUUUGCAGCCUUCGUUUAGCCUACACUUCAUCAAAUUAUGAACUUAAGGGAAAGCUCUGUUCUUCAAAUAGUUCUGAAUGUUGUGUCUAAGACGGCCACCUUCCCUUCACCGCACUGCUGAUUUCAGAAUAGUAAAUGGUCAAAGCUCCAAGCGCCACUUCACAUCCGCAGGUAAUUCCAAGGGUUUCAUUUGGCAUUACAGUGUAGUUUAUUUUUGUUUGUUUUUUUUGGUUGAGCUUUCCUGUUACUUUCAGAAGCUGCCAUUCAUCAUAAUCUGCUGCUUAGUUUACUAUUGUAGUUGCCAGUCCAUUUAAUAAACAUGUUGAUUACAAAAAAAA